GUAAGGACCGCCAUCAAAAAGGAAGCAAGCAGAUCAGAGAGAUCAAAAAUUGUUGGGAUACAUCAUAUGGCCGUUACUCUCCUCUCAACUCCCUCCACAUCUUUCCUCCCUUUCUCAUCUCCUCCCUCCUCUUCCCAUCCUUCAUCAUCAUCAUCUUUCAUUUUGAGAAAUUACAGAAUUGCCCAUCACCAUCGCAUUCAACAUCUAAAGGUCUCCUCUUCCAACGGCAGCGAUAGCAUCUCAACCCUCAUCCAAGAAAGCAGCAGGGAGCUGCAGGAGAUCAAGCGCAGCUGCAAGCUAUGGAAAUGGAGGGGCUUUAAUGUGAAUUACCUCGUCAAGGGAGCUGGCCCUCCUCUUCUCCUCGUUCAUGGGUUUGGUGCCUCCGUUGGUCACUGGCGAAGAAAUAUUGGAGUUCUGUCAGAAGGCUACACUGUUUAUGCAAUUGAUCUGCUGGGUUUUGGUGAUUCAGAUAAGCCAGAAGGCUUUGCUUAUACAAUGGAAGUAUGGUCUCAGUUAAUUCUGGAUUUCUUGGAUGAAGUCAUAAAGAAGCCAACGGUUUUGGUUGGGAAUUCAGUUGGAAGCCUUGCUUGUGUCAUUUCUGCUUCUGAAUCUACAAGAGGUUUGGUCCGGGGGAUUGUGCUACUAAAUUGUGCAGGGGGCAUGAACAACAAGGCGAUCGUCGAUGAUUGGAGGAUCAAACUUCUCUUGCCAUUACUUUGGUUCAUUGAUUUCUGGCUGAAGCAAAAGAGGAUAGCAUCAGUUAUUUUUGAGCGAGUUAAACAAAGGGAGAACCUUAAGAACAUAUUGCUAUCUGUUUAUGCAAACAAAAUAUCUGUGGACGAUGAUUUGGUAGAGAUCAUAAAAAGGCCUGCGGAUGACGAAGGUGCUCUGGAUGCAUUUAUUUCUAUAGUGACAGGCCCUCCAGGGCCGAGCCCGGUUUCGUUGGUGCCGAGAAUAUCUGUUCCUGUUUUGGUUUUGUGGGGCGAUCGAGAUCCAUUCACUCCUCUUGAUGGGCCCGUGGGCAGAUACUUCUCUUCUCUCCCUUCUCAAUUGUCCAACGUGAAGCUUUAUGUACUUGAAGGGGUUGGCCACUGUCCUCACGAUGACAGGCCAGAUCUGGUUCAUGAAAAACUUCUACCUUGGUUGGCUUCUCUUCCUGCUUAAGAUUUUGAUUACGGUCCAUUACCAAUGUUUUCCUUUCCAUCAAACCCAGAGUCCGAUAUAUGUUACUAUAAUUUUCAUAUCCACCACCCGUUUCACCCUUCCGUGCAACCCUAUUAAGUGACUUGGAUACAAGUGUACUUCAAAGGCUAAUAAUGUCAGUCUUUUUUCGGGGUAGUAAUUGUUCAUGAUUGUAAACUCCUAGCAACCGUUCCUUAAUGCUUUAGGUGUCAAUGUAACAUGGUCUUUGUAACUCGUAAUUAUGGAUGGAGUGUUUCAUACUGUGCAC